AUGUCGAUCCUUGAGCUCCCAGACGAAAUCCUCUAUCACCUCUUGACCAACAUUGCACAAUCUUGCAAGAAACUACGCAACCUGACCAUGGACGGGCCCCUCCGCCGACACAUCAUCCUAAUCCGCAACCCCGCCCGCCUCUCCGUCUCCCUCCAAAGCCGCCCCAACCGCGACACCCUCGUCCACCAAAACAUCCUCCGCGGGAUCCAUAUCCGUCAACAUAUCCAGCAGGGGCAGUACAUUGGUGGUGCAUCCUCAGUCCGAUCGUACCAUAUCUCUUGUCGGCUCGAGAGGCAGAUGGUUAGUAUUCGGAUUGCGAAAAAGUUGAAGGCUAGGCCGGAUUGGACAGAGAUGGUCGAGAGGGGGUUGAUUCCGGAGGAGAUGUUUUUUGGGCGGGAGGAAUUUGAGAUGAAGAGGAGGUGGAAGCUGUAUCAACAGCAGCAACGGAAUCAACGGUUGCAACUGCAACAGCGGGAUGAGGAAAUGGAGGAGGAGAAGUAUGGUCACUACAGAAAGCUGCCCGAUCUGCAACAGUCUGGGCCUAUGCAAGUCGAUGGAGUGCAUCCUUUCGACGUUGAUGAUAGUAGCACCGACCAUCAAUCCCACCAAUCCACGCAGGAAUACAACUCAAACUCUACUACGAUCUCUCCCUCGCCAUUACCGUCGUCAGAAGGACCAACAAUAAACCGAGCACAGCGCCAAAAGAAAUCCAUCAGCAACGCACUCAUCCCAAAACUUGAGCGCCUCCGGAAAGCCAUAAAUAGGGACCGCCUCUCGCGCCUUGUCCAACGCCGCCCCUCCCCCUCAGAACUCAACCAAUCCCCGAAAACCGCAACCGUCCUACACGCCUACCAUCUGAUCGCCUACGCUUCGACUUCCAAGGAGUUGAUCCCACUGACGGCACAAUUAAGUUUUUUACUGAAGGGGGAGCGGUUGGGGCAUUGGUUGUAUCAUCAGAGACCCAGUCUUGCGGUGGUAAUGAAUGAGAGGCAUAUGUUGAGGACGGAGGUGAGGACGGCUUGGAUGGUCUGUCCGGGGGUGAGUAAGAAGGUUCGCUUUUAUGAAGGAUUGAUUCAGGAGCGGAGGCAUUAUGAGCAGCAGCUUCAGGACUUCUUUUUCCAGCACCAACAGCAGCAGCAACACCGACAACAGCAACAGCAGCAGCAGCAACUAGCACAUCCACAACAGCAGCAGCGACAUGAACUCUUGCCUCUCGCCGUUUCAUAA